AUGGAGGCUCCCGGCAAAGUGCAAAAGAGGCUAAGGCCAGCAAGUACCGCACAGCCCGGUGAGUCUCAAAGUGAGAAGAAAGUUGAGAAAACCCCUAUAGAUGUUAGACCUUCACCUUUAGUGAACCAUGCGUACGUUCCGUUUCCCUCACGCCUUAAGAACCAAAAAUACUCAAGGGAAUACAGACAAUUUCUAGACAUCUUCAAGCAAUUGAAGAUUAAUCUUCCGUUUAUAGAGGCACUUCAAUUGAUGCCUAAGUACGCGAAGUUCUUGAAAGAUCUCCUUAGGAACAAAGAGAAGUUAGGAGAGUUGUCUAACGUGCCGUUGAAUGGGGGAUGUUCCACCGUGGUGUUAAAUAAGCUUCCCGAAAAGCUUACCGAUCCCGGUAUUUUUACCAUUCCUUGUCUAUUCGGUAGCAACACCAACACCAGAGCUUUGGCCGAUUUAGGUGCUAGCAUCAACUUGAUGCCCUUUUCUCUUUAUGAGAAGCUAGACCUAGGAGAGCUUGCACCUACCCGAAUGACAUUGUCUUUAGCCGAUCGGUCCGUUAAAUACCCUAGGGGUAUAGUUGAGAACUUGCUAGCUAAGGUAGACAAAUUCGUGUUUCCCGCCGAUUUCGUAAUUCUUGAUAUGGAAGCGGAUGAGAGAGUUCUCAUUAUACUAGGUUGUCCUUUCUUACGUACCGCUAAGGCCCUUAUAGACGUUUACGAUAGUAAGAUCACCCUUAGGGUCGGUGAGGAGAGAGUUACUUUGGAGAUAGAUCGUUCCAUGAACCACCCGAGUGGUUCGGAUGACUAUAGUGGUCCUUGCCAUUCCGUCUACUUUUUGAACUCGUUUAUCUCGUGUGUCGACCAUUGCUUAGAGUACAUUAGUGGAGCGGACUUAGUGGUAGGUGAGAAGGUAGGAGAGAAGGUAGAAGAGGAGUUGGAGAAUGUAGGUGAAGUUGAAGAGGAGGGGAUUCCUUUAAUCCCCGAUGUGUCAGCGGUUAGUGAUGACACCACCCAACCCCCACCCUUAGAACUUAAGGUACUUCCAUCUCAUCUAGAGUGUGCUUUCUUAGGGGAGGGUUCCGAGCUACCCGUUAUUAUUUCAUCCGAGUUAGAGGAGAGUGAGAAAGUGAGGUUGUUAGAUGUGUUGAGGGCCAACAAAGAGGCCAUUGCAUGGAGGUUGUCCGACAUUAAGGGCAUAAGCCCUUCCUAUUGCACCCACCGGAUACUCAUGGAGGAUGAUUAUAAACCGGUGGUGCAACCCCAAAGGAGGCUUAACCCCAACAUGUAA